GAGGAGCAAUGGCGUGAGAUUUCUUCAUUGCAACCCACACGUGACCGUGCAGCAGUUCCAGGUGGUUUGAGCUGAAAGGAAAGGAAGAUGGAACUGAAGUGGAUGCUGUGUGUCUUAUUGCUGGGCCUGAGCUGGAGUGCUACCCUGGCUCAGGAGGAAGGAGAUGAUGUGGACAUCGAUGUGGAGGAUGAGAUGGGGGAUGCAGAUGAAGCAGCAGUGGCGAGUGAAGACGCCACCCCCAGCUCCCCUCCCCCUCCCAAGGUUACCUACAAACCUCCAGUUCCAACAGGGGAUGUGUACUUUGCUGAGUCCUUCGAUAAAGGAACGUUGGACGGAUGGGUUGUGUCAAAAGCUAAGAAGGAAGACAUUGACGAGGAGAUCGCAAAAUAUGAUGGACAAUGGGCGGUGGAAGAAAUGAAGAGCUCCAGACUUCCAGGGGACAAAGGUCUGGUUCUGAAGUCUCAGGCCAAGCACCAUGCCAUCUCUGGCAAACUGAAGAGGCCUUUUGUCUUUGACACCAAGCCACUCAUCGUUCAGUACGAGGUGAAUUUCCAGAAUGGGAUUGACUGUGGUGGUGCCUAUGUGAAACUUCUCUCCAAGAGCCCGGACUUGGACCUGGAUCAGUUUGUGGAUAAGACUUCAUACACUAUUAUGUUUGGCCCUGACAAGUGUGGUGAGGAUUACAAACUGCACUUCAUCUUCCGACACAAGAACCCCAAAACAGGAGAGUACGAGGAAAAGCACGCCAAGAAGUCGGAAGCUGACCUCCGGACGUACUACAGCGACAAGAAAACCCACCUCUACACCUUGGUCUUGAACCCCGAUAACAGUUUUGAGAUCCUGGUUGACCAGACGGUGAUCAACAGUGGGAACCUGCUGAGCGAUAUGAACCCUGCUGUGAACCCCCUGCCAGAGAUUGAAGAUCCUGAUGACCAGAAACCUGAAGACUGGGACGAGAGGCCCAAGAUCCAGGAUCCCAACGCUGUCAAACCGGAGGACUGGGAUGAAGAUGCCCCAGCAAAGAUCCCCGACGAGAGUGCUGUCAAACCAGAGGGCUGGCUGGAUGAUGAGUCUGAAUAUGUUUCUGACCCUGAUGCGCUCAAGCCUGAGGACUGGGAUGAAGAAAUGGACGGAGAGUGGGAAGCCCCUCAGAUUGCCAACCCUAAAUGCGAGGCAGCGCCAGGCUGUGGAGCCUGGGAGCGCCCCAUGAUAGACAACCCUGACUACAAGGGCAAAUGGAAGGCACCAAUGAUAGACAACCCCAACUACCAGGGAGUGUGGAAGCCAAGGAAGAUCCCGAACCCUGAUUUCUUUGAGGACCUGCAUCCCUUCCGCAUGACCCCAUUCAGUGCUGUGGGUCUGGAGCUCUGGUCCAUGACCUCCGACAUCUUCUUCGAUAACUUCAUUGUGUGCUCGGACCGUGCUGUGGCAGAGCAGUGGGCUAACGAUGGCUGGGGUCUGAAGCAGGCAGCUGAGGGAGCCACUGAGGCCGGGCUGGUGGGUCAGAUGAUGACUGCUGCGGAGGAGCGCCCUUGGCUCUGGGUGGUCUACAUCCUCACUGGGGCUCUGCCUGUCUUCCUCCUCGUUGUCUUCUGCUGCUCUGGAAAGAAAACGCCAUCUGACGCCAAGUACAAGAAGACUGAUGCUCCACAGCCUGAUGUGAAGGAUGAUGCAGAGGAGAAAGAGAAGAAAACUGAGGAGGAGGAGGAGGAGGAGGAGGAGGAGGAGGAAAGAAGCCAGAUAAGAACUCUGCUGAAGAGAAGCAGAAGAGUGAUGGUGAGGACAGUCCUGCAAACAAAAGCCAGGACGAGGCAGAGGAAGAGGAUGAAGAUGAUGCUGCCGCUAACAAAACAGACGAGAUAAAAGACGAUGAUGUCUUACGAAGAUCCCCUAGAAACAGAAAGAUGAGAAAAGACUAAACUGCAGCCGCCUCAAGCAGCAGAGUCUGCCAGUCUUCAAUUUGCAACAUCUUUUGGACUAUUUCACUGCAGCAGCAACCACCACCACAGAAAAAGGAAACAAUCAUGACCAGAAACUAUGGACAUCAUGAUUCUAAAUAGAAUAGAGACUGGCUUUAUAAAAAUACUAGGUGAACAUCCAUUCAUUUUAAUGCAGCAGAAACUAGCCUUGGGGAUCCCUCUCCUGUCCCCUCCCCGUGUGAAAAUCUUUAUUGCUCAAGCAAAAGACAGAUUCCAGCUCCAUUACCCUCUCCAAAACGAGAAGUACCCUGUUGAAGAAUGCCAUGCUGGGUUUGAAUUGGCAAGAGCCACUGGCAACUGUUAAAAACCUAGAGUGCUUCUACAGUGAUUGCUUGUUUCACCUAUGUUUGGCCUGUAGGAGGCAGUGUGGCGUGUUUUGAUUUAGCCAAAGGAUAAUGGUUUCAAAUCCAAAUAAAGCAACAAGAGAUACAUGGCACAGGUUAAACUUUUUGAAACAUUCCUGUUAAAACAAGGGCUUUAACGUUAUAAGCUUUUGGGUGAAAACUUGAAUUUAAUAUCAUGGUUUACAUGGCUGCUUUGUAUUUACAGUGUCCUAGACGUAAAAAGUCUGAAAUGGGACAAACCAUGCUUAAUUUGACUUUUUUAAUCUGAGCUUUCUUCUGGGAAUAACGUUCUCUGGAGGGUUUGGUUGAGCGUAUUAACUUAUUUCCUGUUAAUAGCUCAAGAUCCAAAAGCUGAAUUUUCACUUUUUUGCAAUUCUUAUUAAUAUUUGUUUGGUUUGUUGCUUAGUCCAAUUGCUCCUCCCCUGCCCUUAGGUUAGAGAAUGCUGCCUUAUUGUAAAAGAGAAGUUGAGUGCCAGGAUUGAUAAAUGAAUUAAUUAAUUCUUCAGUGUAAUGUGAAAAAAAAGGGAGGGGGGGGGUUAUAUAUUGUUACUUAUUUUUUAUUCUUUAACACAUUCUAAAAUUGUUUUAAUAUAAAACUAGUGUUUCCUGAUAUGCAAAGCCCAGCUUUCAAAAGAACAAAAGAGUAAGAAAAAGAGGUUUAUCACUCCAGGGACAUAAAGGCACAGCAGAAUCUUCCUGUAGAACACCGUGCUAAAAAAUAAAUGUGCCUCAUGGAAGAUCACUGCUGAUUUGUGUAAUUUUACAAUUGAAGGGAAGACUGGGAGCAAUGAAUCAAAUAUAUGUCCUUGGUACAGGGCUGAUUUUGUGACUCCUGUUUGAGUCACUAGUGUUUCUCCAGCUUCAUCAGUCAUUUCUUUCUUGCUCAUUAAAAUAGUCCUAGCAUCACACGUUAUUGAAACAUGUUUUAAAUACACCAAAUUUAACCUCUCUAAAUAUGUUCCAGUGCAGCAAUUGUAAUGUUCGGAUGGUUUAAAUCUCAAAUAAAAUAAAUCUGUUUAAUUUUCUUUGCCUUACUGGUGCAAAUAAUACCCAUUUUCUGUGAGAUUGAUCCAGUAAGUAUAGGCAUGGCUGUACUUACUGGUAAUGUUAUAUAGCAACAAUAAAUAUAGCACCACUAACA